UUUAAAAGAGCCAGUCGCUGAGUAUCAGUCAACAAAGUGAAGCAGCAGCAGGAGAAGAAAGAAAGCUCUCAAAAAGGUUGCUAAGAGCUCUGCUUGAUUUAAAGUGAUAGAAGGAACACAUUCAAAACAAUGGAAGGUGAAUGCAAAGUACUGCUGGACGCCACUGUUGACACAGAAGCCAGGAAACAAACAUCGCAGAGCAUCAAACCCAGCUCAAAGCUAACCACAGCCCUGCUGGCGUUCACACUCUGCCUUGCUACUGCUGCUGCUGCUGUCCUUGUCUUCAACAUGCAUGCCAAGGGCCCAGGAAAAGAUGAAGACAAUUUUGAUCUUCGUCACGCAUUGAGGGAAAUUUCAAACGUAAGAGCGGCCAUUCAUUUAGAAGGUAAAUACAACCCUGCUAUGAAGACCUCAGUGGAAUGGAAGAAUCAGGUGGAUCAGUCUCACUCUCAAGGAGGGCUGGAGCUCAACAACAACGAGAUUGUGAUCCCUCAAAACGGCCUCUACUUCGUUUACAGCCAAGCAUCUUUCCGAGUCAGUUGCAACAGCGACGGUGUUGAAGCCACUUCAGAGCCAAUGGUCCAUCUGAGCCACACUGUGAAGCGGUGGUCCAGCUCAUAUGGAGAUGACAAUACAGAAAAUUCCUACCAGACCAUCCUGCAUUCUGUCCGCACCGCCUGCCAAAAGACAGCCAACAGCGAGUUUGGUGAGGAGGGGAACUGGUUCUCUGCCGUAUAUAUGGGAGCUGUGUUCAACCUGAGGAGAGGGGACAGACUGAAGACGGUGAUGGAGGAGAGAAUGCUGCUUGAUCUGGAGGACGAGCCGGGGAAGACUUUCUUUGGUGUGUUUGCCUUGUGAGGAAAGCUGACUGAGGGCUAUGAGUGGAAAUAGGACUGUACAUGCAGAAGUGCCAUCAGGCCUCAUGGUGGCUCCACUGUGAGGCCUAUAGCCUGCAGCCUCACUUGAGCUCAUUUACACUGUUGAAUGUAAGUCUUACACUGCACUAAACAAAACAGUCAAUGCAACUUUUACUAGAGACUAGACUAGAUAACUGCAUUAGCAGUUAUUUAAAGGUUGGUAAACCAAGUUCACUGCAAAGUGAUAAUUUAUUUAGAUAUCUUUAUGGGUAUGUAAUGUUAUGUAGUAAGGAUCAGUACUUUAAUGCAAUGUACUGUAAUGCAAUCCUGAGAUUGAGACUUAGGGUGAAAAUAUUGUACCUAUAAUGUAUAUUUAUUUAUUUAGUCACUACAUACAGACAGAAGUGAAUUUUAGGGGAUGUUCAUCAACAUAACAUUAUAGUAUUUAUUUAUUUAUCUAUUUAUUUAUCUAUUUAUUUAUUUACCUGUGUGUUUUCAUGUCUUUUGUAAUGAAUGACAGCAUUUGUGUUGUAUUUUAUACAUAAUUUAUUAAUGUAUUUAUUAAAACAUAAUCAGUUUGAUCAGC